CACAUUUGAUUUAAUUACAUACAACUGAAUGCUGCUUCAUUAAAAAUCUUUGUUCAGAAAAUACCCCAGUACUCCGAUGUUCCUGGGAAAUGAAAGACAUACCACUGUUAUCUUUUUUGUUGAAAGUGGAGUAAAUUAUUAUACAAGCUGAGAGGGGUUCCCAAACUUUUUCAUAUGACUCAAACUGCAAUGACAUCCAACAAGUUGGGUCUGCGUUUAGCAGCUUGUCUUUUAAACGUUUCAGAGGCCAGGAAAAAGGAUGUUGUGGAGAAAAUUGCAAGAGCUGCAUUGUAUGACAAAAAUGGUAAAGUGCACCCAAAUACAACCGUUCUGAACAUAUUUUCAGAUUAUGACUACAACCGAUCAGUUAUCACUAUAGCAGCUACUGCUGAACAAAUAGGAGAGUCGGUGGUAUCUGCAUGCAUUGAAGGCUUUGCUUCCAUUGACCUAAGUGAGCAUCAUGGAAUACAUCCCUGUCUUGGAGCUAUAGACCUUGUUCCUAUUUAUCCACUGUCAGGUGUAACAUUGGACAAAUGUGGAGAAGUAGCCAGGGACAUUGCUGAAGGGAUGGCCACUGCAAUUCCAGAAUGCAGUAUCUUUCUUUUCGGGCAUGCUGAUUUGCAAGGAAGGAAAAGCCUAGCUGAGAAAAGAAGAGAUUUGGGUUGGUUUAAGAACAAAAAAGAAAUUGAUUUAAACAAACUAAAGUGUGAUGUUGGAGCAAAGCCAUCAUGGAGAUACGGAGUAACAGGUGUCGGUGCAAGUCCUUAUGUGAUGAACUGCAACGUGACUCUCUGCACUCAGGAUCUGACCAUUGGAAGAGAAAUAGCAACUGCAAUUCGCAGUCGUACAGAAGGGGGUUUAAAGGGAGUGCAAGCCAUGGCCUUCCCUCAUAAUGGGUUGGUGGAAAUAGCUUGUAAUGUUGAGAGCUUCCAAGAUGCUCUAGAUUCCAGCUCUACAACAAAUGUGGAGAAACACAUCUCCUAUAACAGUUGUAGCAAGACAUUUUCAUACAUGUCUCCUCUGCAUAUAGAAGCUCGGAUUAGAGGGCUGGCCGCACAGCAAGGGAUUGAUAUAGCAGGGACUGCACUUAUUGGCUUUUCACCCCAAGUUUGUAAAAGCACUACAGAGUAUGCUUUAUCUCAUGGAAUAGCAGAAUUUUGGAAAACGAGAAAAGGAAUUUUUAUGUAAAAUAAAAGAAAGAUUGUCCUGGCUUUUUAAAAGGAAACCACUUUUGCAGCAUAUUUAAAAGCAUAAAGUUCAAAGCUAACUUCAGUUAGAGUGGAGACUAUGUCACACUUUUGGAAAUUGCCCACAAUCCCCUCUAUGUGCAGCUAUUUUCCAAGUACUAAUUUACUACUAUUGACCGUAAUAACACAUGGGUAGGUUUUGUUGUUUUAUAAGGUAGCAUUAAAUCUGAGAAACAAAAGAAAAAAAUUCUGUAUUUUUUUUUUUUUUUUACUAAACUACCUCUUUCUUAAGUGACUGUUCUCUUUGUAUCCAGUAAACAAAGAUAGAAUUCUUACCUAUGUUGUUAUGUGUCAGUCUUGUAAAUGUUGGGGGUAAUUUAAUAUACUUGAAGCAUAAAAUGUGAUUAGUGAAAGUAAGAUUACAAUGUUCUGGCAUCUUUUACAGAUAAAAUAAAUUACCAAAAGUUUUCCAGAAA